GAUGUUUCUGCGUUCACACUGUUCGCCUCCUAAUUUUUUCGCCGUCGCUUCGUUUGUUUUCGGAAAUGUUAAUUGUUGUGAAAAUAUCUGCAAAUUGUUAAUAACGCCCCUUCGGAAAGCGCACAAUUUUCGCGGAGACGGCGCGCGAGCAGCACAAUGAAUGAAUAAAAACCCCUAACUGUUUGUAAAACCCCGAACCCAAAAUUGUGCCAAAAAAUAUAUAUAUAUAACUGGAGAUCGGCGAGAUAUUUUGAAAGUCGGAUAACAACAACAGGAAAAACCAACAACAAACAACGUGGGAUAGGAUCGUCUAAGAGUAUCGGCUAGUUUAUGGUGUUGUUGUUGUCGUCUGAUUACCUUUUUUCGUUGGAAACGUUUGUGCAGCAGCAGCUCUGAAUGUCUUUAUGCUUUAAUCAUGGUGUAUUUCGCCACCAACAACAACAACACCGACACUAUACGCUGCUAUAUUAGAAUCUUUCUGAUAACGAACCAUGACAGAAGGACAUGAAAGCGACUUCUUAGUAACAGUACGCGCACAGGUAAUGACCAGAGACGAGAGCACCGAGGGCUGGCUACCGCUGGCCGGGGGUGGCCUGGCCAACGUUUCGAUCCGGAAGCGGGCUAGGCUAUCCCCAUUGGCAUCGGGUCAUGACUACAUCAUCUACGGGCAGAGGAUAUCCGAUCAAAGCGUCAUUUUGAGCUGUGUGAUCAAUCGAGAUCUGAAGUAUUACAAAGUAAUGCCCACAUUUCAUCAUUGGCGCGCAGGGAAGCAGCGGAACGGACUCACAUUUCAAACGGCCGCCGAUGCGCGCGCCUUUGACAAGGGCGUCCUGCGCGCCUACAACGAGCUGAUCGAUGGACUGGCCAAAUCGAAUCCGACGAUAAUAUGCCCGCCGUUAACCAAAUAUGAUUCGGUUGGCGAAGAUGAUGUAUUCAUGACCCUGGACUUACCUGUGGAAAGCGAGAGUUUACAAAAGAUCCAUUCAAGCCCCGAGGGCAGCGAGAAAAGUCACAAGAGCGUCAGCAACAAUUCCGACUCGGAGAAGCUGCCCCCGCCGCCCAUUCACUACAUAUCCACGGACAAAACAUCGGCCACCACAUCGCCGCCAGACGCACCGCCCGCAUCUGCAGCUCCAUCUCCGGCGACCGCCGGUCAGAUCGCGGCCAGUGAGAACUAUUCGUACGUAACGCUGACGGCGGUGCACCACGACUACAACUAUCCGGUGGUGGACCAGCCAGUGGGGGCGCAGGUGCUCAACGCUCGACGCGAGUCGAUCAGUGCGCUGAAGAAGCGCAAUGCUCUGGAGGCGGCGCAGGCAAUGGCGGCUGCCCAGACGGUGGGCAGCGGAGGAUUGAUGGCCGGCCGUGAUGGGGGCUCGGGAAAACCACUGCACAAGCCCAACGUAUCCGAUAUACUAAAGAAGGAGACGCGCCUGCGAUGCCGCUACUGCCACGAGCUGUACAGCGAGGACUUCAAUCGACGGGGCGCCUGCGAAUAUGCCCCGGAUCCCUUUCGCAGCGGCUACGAGUGCAUCUCCGGGAUGGGCUGUGCCCGUUGCAUGAUCUACCAUUGCAUGAGCGACGCCGAGGGCGAGACGGCCCAGCAUCCGUGCGACUGCAGCGCUGGCGAGGCAGGCUGCAGCAAGCGCUGGCUGGGCCUGGCGAUCCUCUCACUGUUCGUGCCCUGCCUGUGGUGCUAUCCGCCGCUCCGCGCCUGCCACUUGGCGGGCAUCCACUGCGGCCUCUGCGGCGGGCAGCACAAGCCGCAUGUCUGACAUUUGGAGGCCCGCUUGCAAGGACAGUACGACGAUGACCCCAGGCCCAGAAGCGAAUUCCACUACCACCACCAAUCCGAGCAGAGUCUAAUGAGCAGCGGCAAGCGUCCGUGGAGCGCCAAGCAGAGGCAGUCGCAGCAAUCGCAGACCCAAUCGCAGCGCCACUUUUACAACUGGGAGCUGUCACACAGUUUGGGUGCUCCGCAGCACCAGAUGCCGCCGUAUCUAAUGCAGUCAACUGGCAGGAAGGCGGCUCAGAACGAUUACGGACGCUUGCUGUUCUAGGCUUUAUCUAUGGUGACAGCUUGAGGACCCAUUUACGCAAACUAAUUACUCAGAACUACUGACUUUCGCCGGAAACAAUGAAAUUUCGAAGAUAUCUAAAGGUAGACAAGGAAGAAAAGAAUGCUUUCCUUGAUUUGAAGAUAACACUGAAAAGCUCAGCUUGUCAAAAUCUUGUAAAAUACGAGAAUGAAAAAAGAAAACAAUUCAUCUGGAAAAUAAGUUUGCGAAAGUGGGUCUUUAGUUCGCUUUUAAUAUCAUUUCGGUAUACUCCAUUUGAAUUGCCAUAAUUUAUUGUAUAUACAAAGAGCAGGAAGGAUUAUAUAUAUAUUUUUAAUAUACUUUAUAAAUUGUAACUUACGUUUAGUGCUCUCGCUUAAUUAUAGUUUUGUAAAAACGGGCUAUUUGUUUUUAUUUGUAACUGAAACACUUUUUUAAAAAUCAAAAUAUUAUACAAUGAUUGUUUAAGUUUUAGUUUUUUAGGGUCUUUUGCUAUUUUACACUUGCUUAUUUACAAUUCGAAAUUGGAGAACAGUAUUAAAAGGCCAAGGCAAAGGCGAAACGAGAACUAAAUAUAUUUAAAUGCGAUUUUCUCUGCGCGAUUCCAAUUUGUUAAUCAAUGUCACGCGCUCAAAACUCACACGAAAAGUUCAAACAAACGGCAACCUGAUGCGCAAAUGAAUAAAAAAAGAAUUGACACAUGCAACUAAAAAGAAGAUAAAGUUGACGACUCAGCUGUCAGAACAUUCUUCUCUGAACCUGAAAAAGAAUUACAAAUUGUUUUCGAAUCCUCCAGCAAAAGACUGCGCGGCAAUGCUCAAAUUUUGUGAGUUCACAAUGCUCUAGCCAAUUGUUACUUAAAUCAGCUUUAAUUAAAAACUAUUUACCCUUUUGGUUUCCUUUUAAAAAGGAUGUUUUUGUCUCUUCUUAGGGCUCAUGAAGAUUCAAAAUAUUCCUUUUGCCAAGAACUCGAAAUAUAUGAUUUCCAAAACUUUAGUUCAACCGUAGGAAU